CAGAGCAAGAUGGCGUCCGGUCAAUAGACGAAUAGCAGGGAGGCCGAAGGCGCUCUCGAGGUUCGUGGGUGUUCUCAGCCCGGAGCUGGAGAGGCUUUGAGGCCGCGUGUAUCAUUGACGUUUUUUUUCCUCUCUCCACCGUGGUGAAACGGUUAAACACGCGAACGUGUGAACGAAGGAGAUAAUGUUCCGUAAGGGAGUACGCGUUACGUGCGCGUCGGCCUGAACGCGGCGUGUUUCUCGAGCUUAAAAGAUGCUGCCGUGCAAAGCGACGAAAGAGGAGGCGCCUUCGCGAAACUGUCAGGAAGAUCGUCUUCGUCGUACGUGAGUCAGUGCGCGCUCGGUGGAUCGAAAGAAGGCACGUACGUACAAAAUGGCUUCGGGCGACAAUGUGGAUGUGAUCGAGGUGGUCGAAACGAGCUUCACCAGCCCAUCACAAGCAACGGAAGAUCAUCUCAAACCGGAACAGUCCGCGGACGAGGACAAUAAAUCCACAGGGGAUAAGGUGACAGCGUUUGACAUCUCGGUGAAUCAACAUGGUACCGCUGGACUCAAAACCCCUGUGGGGGUGUCGAGGAACAAAUCGGAGCGAGAGAGAAAGAUCGGCCACAGACGAGUUGGAGUGGGAGGUGAAAUCACGUACAAAAAGAUCCAAACGACACAAAUCAUGGGAUCGAUCCAGUUAGGCAUUCAACACGCGGUGGGCGGUUUGGCUAGUAAACCAGAACGUGAUUUACUGAUGCAAGACUUUAUGACAGUGGAGACGACGAAUUUCCCGAGCGAGGGAUCCAAUCACACACCGGCCCAUCAUUUUUCCGAGUUUAAGUUCAAGAAUUACGCACCCAUUGCAUUUCGUUACUUUCGGGAUCUCUUUGGUAUUCAACCGGACGACUUCUUAAUGUCGAUGUGUAGCGCUCCAUUACGCGAAUUAUCGAACCCCGGAGCUAGUGGAAGUAUCUUUUAUCUAACAGAUGAUGACGAGUUCAUCAUAAAGACUGUACAACACAAAGAAGGAGAGUUCUUGCAGACGCUUCUUCCAGGAUAUUAUAUGAAUUUAAAUCAGAAUCCAAGAACGUUAUUGCCAAAAUUUUUUGGGUUGUAUUGUUACCGAUGUAAUAGUAAAAAUGUUAGAUUAGUGGCUAUGAAUAAUCUUCUGCCCUCAUCGGUAAAGUUGCACCAAAAGUACGACUUAAAAGGAUCGACAUACAAAAGGAAGGCAUCGAAAUCGGAAAGAUCCAAGUCGUCUCCAACAUACAAAGAUUUAGAUUUCAUGGAGCAUCACCCGGAAGGCAUUUUUCUCGAGGCGGAUACAUACAGUGCACUGGUUAAAACUAUUCAGAGAGAUUGUCGGGUGUUGGAAAGCUUUAAAAUUAUGGAUUACUCUUUACUCGUUGGUAUUCACAACCUCGAUCAGGCUGCGAGAGAAAAGGCGCAGGAACAAAGAUUAUCAGCAAGCGCGGAGGAGGAAGUCGGGGAAUUCGGAGGUGAGAGUGCAGGAUUUGUUCAAGCGGAAAGGGGACGGGAACGGGAGGACAGAAUAGGCGCGAGUGCUUUGAACCGGUCGCGGAGCAUAAACCGACAAAGGUUGGUCGCGCACAGUACCGCUAUGGAGAGUAUUCAGGCUGAAAGCGAGCCAAUAGACGAGGAGGAUGACGUACCCAGUCCAGGUGGCAUUCCAGCACGCAACGCUCGUGGCGAACGCUUGUUACUCUUCCUUGGUGUUAUUGACAUUUUGCAAAGUUACAGACUCAAGAAGAAGCUCGAGCAUACGUGGAAGUCGAUGAUACACGACGGUGACACCGUGUCCGUACAUCGACCAGGGUUUUACGCGCAACGUUUUCAAGACUUCAUGGCGAAGACAGUAUUCAAGAAGAUACCAUCACUGGACCUGCCUGAGAUUAAGGGGAAUCAUCGCAAAUUCCGUAACCUCGUCACCAGCUACAUAGUCUUUGCUCAAACGUUGAAACAUUCCCCGUCGAAGAGAAAAAGCAUCACGAGACCGCUGAGGCCACUGGACGGUGACUUCGAUUCAACCGCGGUGCCGACAACCGGAACUUCAACAAUGCAUGCUACGUCACCCACAAAGGCUGUGCCAUCAACGACAGACGUCGCGAUCAGCACGACCAGCACGAUAAUGUCGACCGGUUCGGCGCCAAUCGCGACUUCCACACCGGUGAACUUCGCCUCGGGCCCGGUGAGCCCGCCGCCGUUGACUUUGUCCGCGGGUCCGAGCUCGCCUCAUCAAGAAACACCAGCACCGGUAACGACCUCGGGGGCUAAAAUCGCGAGCUAUCCAGCCGUUUUAAAAGGCAGGACCGCAGCCAGUCCGCCGAAUCCGAAUCUGGUACCCUCUGGGAAGAUUCCACCCCCUGUUCCGCCGAGAGGCGGACAACCGAAGACCGCGAGGUCCUCGGAGGAGCAUCGUGGUCCCGGGACGGUCACCUCGACGUCCUCGAUGUCAUCCAGCCGAGGUGGCACCCUUCCUUCCACCUGCUCCACUCCGCCCCCGCCCUUUGACGAUGCAGUGCGUUCAAACGACCAAACUUUGGCUUCCGGUGGUCAGCUACAACAGGGUGCAACGACCAUCUUAACGAGCAGUCUGAGUAGCGCUCACACGAAGCAGAACAAGGUCGUGCACCAUGUCACCCUUACGAAAACUUACCACGACGCUGUGAGCAUAUCUGAUGUGCACUUGGAAAGCAGUGGUAGCGGAAGUGGCAGUGGCGGGAGGGAAACGAAAUCGUCGUUGAGCGUGGAAAGCGGUGGAAGCAGUCGAGGGGGUGGCGCAUUGACGUGGACGCCACCCGCGGGCAGCGCUGAGGGUUCGACACCUACCUGGACGGAGGGCACCCCGUCCUUCACGGAAAGCUCCAGCAGCGGUGACGCAGGUUGUCCGACGACGCCGAUCAGGGGUAACCAGCGUCAUGACAACGGAGGGAGCAUCGCAGCUACCGUUGAGGAGGCGUUGGCCAGUCUUACUACGGAAAUGAGACAAAAGAACGGCAACGCGAAGGAUCUUAUGGCACAGAGAACGUCCCUUUCGAUGUACAGACAAGUCAGAAGAAGUAUCAAACGUGUCAACGCGAACAACGUAGCAAUCGUGAGGAGCAUGCAAAGAGUGUUGAACGUUCAACGCCAGGAGCAAUAAGGAUUCAAGCGAAUCGGAAAUAAAUCUCUUUGAAACGAUUGAGCAAGAUAAACGCGCGUCCAUUUUUAUCUGUGGAAAUAUUGAGAACGCACUAAGAAACGGUUCAACAUUAUUAUCGAGAUCUGUGAUCACGUGUAUACGUUUGAAAGAAACUUGUUUUCCUAAAUUUAUCAAUGAACGAACAAUGUUUCUUUCUUUGAUAAAUUGUAAGUAUUAUUGCUCGUAGACCUCGAUGAAGAAAUUAUGUCUGUUUAACCAGUUUGAACGAUGAUCGGGCAUAACUUCAGUCUUAAUCCUCUCGUGACUAUAAAUCAACCUUGCGUCUAAGUGUCUGCUUAACUAACUGCGUAAGACUUUAUUUUUUUUCUUUUUUCGUUGCAUCAACGUUGUCGCGUCGAGAAGUAUAUAAAACUAAGAAACGAGAAGCCUUGCGUUAAUCGAAGCAAUAUCACUGGUUAAGAAGAAGCGGACGGUUAGAUAUUCUUCGUGCAUGAGUUUGUCAUGUCAAUACGAACGUGCCAAGGAAUUUGGCAAGAUUUACGGCGGCGGUUUUAUGGAACGGUUCGUUUCGCGAUUAUUCGCGAAUUCACCAUCUUCGUGCUUCCUUUUUUUCUGAAUUCUCAAGGUUCCCUAGCUAACUCAAUUUCAUCUUUUACUUCGUACGACAAAAGGCAAAGAAUAAUUAUGGAUUUGAAAAAGAAGGUCAAAGCAGUUUUAAUGUGAGAUUUUGAUUCCCGAAUUUUUAAUUGAAUUUCAUUAGAAUUCAAACUUUAUUAUCCGAAAGUUGAUCCCAGUCUUCGAGAAAAAUUUUUAAAGCAUGUAUAGUUUCGUGUAGAUUUCUUAUGGAGAAAUUGUGAAACCAAACGUGCCAUUGAAAAUGUUCCGUAGGAAAUUGUGUGCACAACUGAGAUUGCAAGAACAAUUAUGUGCGAGUAGAUUGCUGGAUUAAUUAACCCUUUAACCGAGCAAUCCGAGCCAAUAAUACUGUGACUGUGUUUCCGAUUGUACCGAAUUGAGUUAAUAUUAAUUUUCAUACAUGAAAAUAGUCGUCUUCUACUACCUCCUGUAGAGACAGUCAUUGUUUCUGAAUCAAGUUGCCCAGUUGAAGGGUUAAAACGAUAAGUGAAGAGCAAUUAUGGAUCGGUUGUACCUUCGCGAUGGUCCAUUAGUAUUCUUGGAUGGUUAAAAUAAUUCUAUAUGUUAUUUUUAAUUACCUAUGAGGAGGGUAAGUUUCCUUUAUUAGUUUAGUCAAGCAGAAUAAAAAAUAGGAAGAGAAUUCUUCGAAUCUUCGCGACAGCUGGUCCAUUUCUGUCUCAUUCAAGAGUUAAAGAAACGUAUAAAUAUAUACGUACGUUGAAAUGUUAAAGUAAACCGCUACGGAAAGAUUUCACUGCGAGCGAUCGUUUGACAGUGCUGUUACGAAACGAAUUGUCACUUAACCGAAAUUUUCGGCAAUACAUAUUAAUAUGAUUACGAUCAUUACCAUUAUGAUUAUUAUCUAUCACCAUGAUUAUUUAAAUAAAGCAGUUACUAUUAUUCUUACGACUGUUUUUGUUAUCGUUUGUUAUAAAAAAAAGAAGAAAUACUUGAUUGAUUGGCGGGGGUAAUUUUUCAUUUCAAUUAAUUUUGCGUGUUUAUGUAUGUUCUUGUGUGUGUCUGUCCAUUCCUAACGAUGAAAGAUCGAUCGAUCCUUAAACUCAUUAUUAACAAUCUUCACCCUCGGCGCACUUUAUUUUUACUUUCUUUUUUUUUAACCAACAUUUUUUUCUUAUCCUGGUUUCUUUUUAUUUGCACCCUUUCAGACCCACCUGUAGUCAAGCAAAAACGAAGAUAAUUGUAGACAGUCAGACAAACAAAAACAAAUACGAAAAAUAUCGUUUUUAUUUACGAAAAAGAGAGAAAAUUGACUGCGGAGCCUGUGAAUUCUUGCUGUUGGUGCAUUUAGAAACCCUCUUUCUCCGGAAUUAACGUGAGAUAAUGCAUUAGGAUGUUGAUGUAAGUCCAACACACACGUAGGCAUAUAAGUGCGCGCGUCUUAACGUAUAUUUAUAGGGUGUUUCGAAAAUAUAUACGUCAUAUCCGACCAUGGGACGGCCGUGGAUCGGACGGUUUCUUCCACGGAAAGAAACAAAGCUUUUAAAAUUACUUUUUACUUCCUUUUGUUAUUUUAUUUCUUAAGUGAUAUUUUUUAAAACGAUAAUUUCGGAACACUUUACGUUAGCUAUUAAGAGAUCGGUUCGAGGCACCAUUUUUCAACAUCACAUUGUCGUAAAUUUUUCUACUUCUUUUAUUUGAAUAAAGAAGUUUGAGUAAAUUUAUGUGAAGAACGAAAUGAAACAGCUAGUCUCGAACCGGCGUUAGACAAUUUAAUUAUUUAUUUUUCUAUUAUUUCGCUGCCGUGUAUCGCCAAGAAACUUCGGUUUCCCUCGCCAGGGAAUCUCAUUCUGGCACGAGUGUACAUAGUGCACACAAGCUGAAUAAACGCGUGAUUUCUUAGACAGUCAAAUAGGAAUUUCAAAAAGACUGCGUGCGUUUAUUUUAUCCGUAAACAUGUUGUAUUCCUUUGUCACCUCGUCGUUCUUUUUUCGACGAUCAUGUGCGAAUACAAUAUCCUGUAUUUUGUGCAGCUAGUUUAUCAUAAAAUCUCGGUUUAACGUGAAAAAGUGAUAACUCUUUUCUUUAUCUCUUCCUCGUUAAAAGUUGCUAACGCAUUUCUUAAUCAUACGUGUACAGUGGAUUAUGCAUUUAUUCAUUUACCUACUUAAUAUAUUAUAAUUAGCCUGUACAAUAUCAUCUGUUCAUAAAAUUUCAAAUUUAUGAUUUUUAAUUAUACAAUCGGACGUUAUAAUAUUGCAUGCAAUCUACCGAGGCUUUGUCAGAAACGAUAAAUAUCAAUCUUAAAUUAUUGGACACUAUUUAAUAGAUUUAACUUCUUCGGUAAAACACGACAUGCAUCAUAUGUUCAGUUUAUUCUACGAUUUUAGUACGAGGUGUCAUUACAAAAUAGGAAGGUACUUCUCAUUUAUUUAAUUCGUCCGAAUCGCAACCUUGCCGUUGCGAAAGAAUCAAAUAAUUACUGAGAAAGAUCAAUUUCGUUCUGUAAAAAAUCAGAGAAACGUCGUGGGUGUAGAAAAUUUGGUACACUCGUUAAAACAUCACUGAAAACAGACAAGAGUCUUAACGUCGGUCAUGAUCUUGGAACUCGGUACACUUGAAUACCUUUCAAGUGACUCGCGUGAUGUUCCGCACGAAAAGAAGAGGAAAGAAAAAUCACAUGAUCACUGUUGUACAAAUAUUUACUAGAUGAUGCUACGUGCAUGUAUAAAAGAAGGUAUAAAUAUUAUAUAAAUAUACAGGGUGUAUCCGAACGGGUGGUGCAACCGGGCGGGAGUUGAUUCUACAUGUAAAAAUAAGUCGAAAAAAGGGAGUAACGUUUAUGAGAAAAUUCUGUUGAAUACGCUUACACUGAACUUUCCAAUUCCUUACCUGCUGCAAACAUUUUUGUCGCUCACGCUUUCGUAUUACCCGGUAUAAUGAUUACGUUCUGUCUUUAGUCGUACGACUUCAUUCUCCUACAUUUAGUCUGUUCAUCUUACUUGCAUUUUUUUACUUGAAAAAUAGCGGUCAUUACGUAUUAGAUAUACCUUUAUCUAUCGUACAGAAAUUAAUACUUGCAAAGAAAUGUUACUCGUUUCAUUCGACUUAUUAUUACCUAUACAUGACGCCCCCCCGCUCUCCCCGAUUGCAUCACUCGCCCGAAUCCGCCCUGUAUGUAUAGCUUAUAGAUAUUAUAAAUAUGUACACAUAAACACACAUUAUAAAUGUCGGAGUUUAUCAUGUACGUCGAUGCAUUUAUUUUAUAAAUGGCGCACGGUGAUCGUCUGUACACGCUGUUGUAUCUUUCCUCGAGAGAGCUACAUUCUCGAUACCUCAUUGCGCUUGUAGACGAUCGCGGCGAUGAUGUACGAUUUAAAGAUGAAAUAAAUUAUUUGUUGCGUUGUAUUUAUUUAACGGAGGACGAUUCCUCCGCUCGAAGUCCCGCGAGUAUCACCCGGGGAAGAUUUCGUUCGACCCACGAGGGAGAUCUCUCCUUGGCAAGAAUUGUUGUAACAAUAAAAAUUUUGCGUCAAAAA